CUCGAGCGACCUCACAAACAACCCCAGUCUCCAACCUCCAGCAAAUAUUUUCCGCCGAGCUCGCAAACCUCUACCUCCUCCUUCUCCUCUUCUAUGAUGGAUUCUCUAGGGGACGAGCCAUGGGAUGUAGUGAUCUGCGGCACCGGCCUGUCUCAGUCGCUAUUGGCUCUUGCCCUCUCCCGGUCGAAGAAACGCAUUCUCCACCUCGACCCGAACGACUACUACGGUGGGAAUGAAGCCGCCUUCAGCCUCCAGGAGGCCGAUACUUGGGCUGCCGCCCACGCCGGAUCCUCUCUGACCCCGGGCGUAAGCGGCGAGGGCGAAGAGAUUACGGCCGCCUCGGAACGUGCGAGGAAGCCCGUGUUCGCGAAUGCCAGUGCGUCGAGGCACCCGGAAGCCCAGGCGCUCGGCCUGUCGUUCCCCCGGGCGUACUCGCUUGCCCUCGCACCCCAGAUCAUACACACGCGCUCCCGGCUGCUAGAGCAGCUCGUGUCGUCGCGGGCGUACCGUCAGGUCGACUUCCUGGCCGUCGGUUCCUUCUUCGUAUAUGAUGGCUCGGCCUCUCCCGGCACGUCCACGCUGGCCCGGAUCCCGAGCAGCCGGGAGGACGUGUUCUCGGCGGAGGCGAUCGCGGUGCGCUCGAAGCGGUCGCUCAUGAAAUUUCUCAAGUUCGUCGUCGACUACGACGCGGGCGAGGAGCAGAGGGCCGUGUGGCGAGGCCGCGAGCGCGAGCCGCUGGCCGACUUCCUCACAACCGAGUUCAGACUCGACGAGAGCCUGCAGCGGUAUAUCCUCGCGCUAACUUUGACGCUUGAUGGCCGCGUUGCUGUCGCCGAUGGACUCGCCGCCAUCCACCGCCACCUCACAUCCAUGGGCCAGUUCGGCCCCGGCUUCUGCGCCGUCUACCCCAAAUGGGGCGGCUCGUCUGAGAUCGCGCAGGUGGCCUGCCGUGCCGGCGCCGUGGGCGGCGGCAUCUACAUGCUCGACACGCAAGUACAGACCAAGGACAGCUCCAGUAGCAGCGAAAUCUCGCUCUCCCUGUCGAACGAGCUGUCCGUCCGGACGCCCCGCCUCAUCACCUCGCAGCAGGACGUCGCGCCCGGUGCGCAGACCAUCGCCCGGCUCGUCACCAUCAUCAACUCGCCUCUCCGGGCCUUGUUCGAGGUCGUCGUCAACGGCGCCCCGACGCCUGCCGUAGCUGUCGUAGCGUUCCCCGCCGGCUCCAUCGCCGGGGACGCUGAUGCCGCGUCGCUAGAGACUACCGGGCCAAUAUACGCCUUUGUACACUCGAGCGAUACGGGAGAAUGUCCCGUCGGUCAAAGCGUCAUAUACCUCACCACCCUCGCCACACCUACUACCGCCUCGGACCGCAGCCAUCACCAGCGCCUCGACGCCGCUCUCGACGCCCUUCUCCGCGCCGCCACCCCCGCGCCCGCCGACGCGCCGCCGGCGCGCCUCUACGCCCUGCGGUACGAGCAGUCUGCCGGCGGCACCCUGUCGGAGACGCCCCCGCGCGAGACGCGGCCCCCCGGCGCCGCCGUCACGUUCGCGUUCCCGCCGUCGCCCCUGGGCCUCGCGUUCGACGACGCGUCCCUCGACGCGGUCAGGGACGCCUGGAGGCUGGCCGUCGGGGAAGGGACAGGAGACGAGGGGCCGGACGGCGGGUACAUGGUGUUCGAGGACCGCGAGGGCGCGGCCGAAUACGAUGACGACGGCCAGGCGGCUUACGACUAAGGCUGGUCUGUUACAGUUGUCGUAAUCAAUGUGAUGGCGUAUAUACAUGUACCUAGAGCUCGAGCCUAGAGGCUGUGUGUGUAUGUGUGUACAUGGUCUUAGGAUUGGCGUAUAUAUGCAUGAGAACCUACGAGCAAGACGAGGUUGGCAAUGGAACGGCAGAUCGAUUCACUAACUACACUGCAGCAGUGAGGGUUUCCUCCUGCCUAGGAUAUGUGAAAAGUAAUGACGGGCCUCGUGAAGCGGGUAUCUUAUGUGAUGCAAACUGCGCAAAUAUCCUCCUUCCCCUCUAACAUCGUCAGAAACCAGACCAAUUCUUGUGUCUAUUUUCCGUCCGCCUCUCCAUCUAUCCACCCAUCCGCGUAAUUGUCCGUUAGUUCGCCUGUAUCCCCGUCCGUCCCUUCCUUCCCUUCCUUCCCGUAACCCUCAGAUCUAGACAUAUCUCUCUCGUUGCUGGCUCUUUUGCAAAUAUCCAGCAUGCAGAGCGAUCCUAUGAAUAAGCGCGCUAUGAGCGAACCCCCCCCCCCCCCCC